UCUCUCUCUCUCUCUCUCUGCGCGACAAGGAAAAUGGCCAUCUCUGCCGGAAAGGAAACCUUCCUCGGUUACUCACAAGACCGAGUUAACCCCAUCUUUUGCCACCGAGCCAUCAUGACCACCUCCUCAGGUAUCUGGAUCGGCGACAAUCCCCUCAACUUCACCUUGCCCACCCUCAUUUUUCAGAUCGUUAUGGUGUUCUUCAUCUACCGGGCUACGCACGCCGUCUUCCGCCUAUUCGGCCAACCCAUCCACGUCUCCCAAAUCGUGGCGGGAAUUAUAUUAGGCCCCAGCAUCCUUAGCCGAGAUGCGAAGUUCGCGAAAUCGAUCGUUUCUCAGAAGAAUUAUGAGAGUGUGGUCACCAUAUCCAUCAUUACCUACAUGUUGUUCUUCUUUGUGAUCGGCGUCAAGGCAGACCUUGGCGUGAUUCCCAAGGUUGGGAAGAAGGCGGUGGCCAUCGCAAUAUUCAGCACCCUGCUCCCCAUCGUGUUUAUCUACAUCACGGCCCUCUGCCUGAGGCAUAAGAUCCCUCCCCGAUUCAUACAGGGUCAGCUGAUCCUCCUCUUGACCGACACAUGGUGCAUCACGUCGUAUCCUGUCCUGUCGUGCCUCCUCAGCGAGCUCAAUCUCCUCAGCUCCAAGCUCGGCCGCCUCGCCAUGUCGGCCACCCUCAUCGCCGCCAUCGUGCACGUGAUUGCCAACUCCGCCAUCGUCACGUACCAGCUGGCCAUCAAGAUCGGCAACCCGCUGCAGGGGGUGACGGCACUAGUGUCCUUCUUCGCCUUGAUGGGACUCAUCUUGCUCGUCCUGAGGCCGAUCGUGCUCUGGCUCAUAAGACGGACGCCGGAGGGGGCACUUCUGGACCAGGUGAGCUUCGUGGCGGUAGUAACCAUGGCAAUGGCGUGCGGGAUGCUGAGCCAGAUGAUCGGGUUCGACCUCAUCGUUGGACCCUUCUUCUUCGGGCUGGUGCUGCCUGGGGGACCGCCGCUGGGGUCCACUCUGGCUGAGCGCAUGGACAGGUUGGUGAUGGGAUUGUUCCUGCCCAUGAGCAUGGCUUUUGUCGGAAUAAGGACGGACCUCACAUCGGUGGUGGACAUUAAGGUCUGGUGGCUAUUCGAAACGUUUGUGUUGGUGAUCACAGUGGCUAAGUUCGUGGGGGUGAUCCUGCCAUGCCUCUACUGCCGGAUGCCGCCCCGGGAAACCGUAUCUCUUGGGCUUAUGCUGUCCGCCAAAGGCCUUUCUGAAGUAUAUUCCCUCAUCAUGUGGGCGGAGAACUUCGUGCGUACGCAGCCACCAACUGCAAUCAUGCAUGCAUGCAUGUUGAUUAGGACCGGAAAACACGUUGCUAGUUUUUCUUCUACGAUUCCAUUUUUGAAUAAACAUUGCAACAUUAUUAUUCUCAAUACCAUCGCCGUCACACUCCUGGAGAGGCAGGAAUUCAGCAUGGUCGUCAUCACCAUUCUCAUCUUGGGCGGCAUCACCACCCCUCUGAUCAAGUAUCUGUAUCGCCCGGAGGACCGCUACGUGGCACACAAGCGCCGCACUCUCCAGCACGCCAACCCCGGCGACGAGCUUCGCGUCCUUACAUGCGUCCAUCUUCAGGACAACGUCAAACCCAUCAUCACCCUCCUCGAGGCCUCCGGCACCUCCCCCGACUCACCCAUCUGCACCUACCUCAUCCACCUCAUCCAGCUCGUCGGCCGGACCGACACCGUCCUACACCCCCACAAGCGCCAUAACCAUUCCUCAUCCGCAACUGCCCUCUCAGAGACUGACCACAUCGUCAACGCCUUCCGGCUGUUCGAGCAGGAACACCCGGAUGGCUUGUCGGUCCUCCCUUACGUCUGCAUUUCUCCUUACAACACCAUGCACGACGAUAUCUGCUCCCUCGCCCUCGACAAGAAGGUCACCCUCGUCAUCCUCCCCUUCCACAAGAGCGCACUUGCCGACGGUAGCAUCAGCUUCGUGAGCCCUUCAGUCCAGGCUGUCAACGUCAACGUGCUCCAGUACGCGCCCUGCUCCAUCGGCAUCCUCGUUGACAACGGGUUCCCCGGUCGCUGGUCGGUGAUUCGCCGCGUGGCGGUCUACUUCCUGGGCGGAGCCGACGACCGGGAAGCUCUGGCCUACGCCAUGCGCAUGGCAAAAAACGCGGCCGUUGGGCUCACGGUGGUGCGGUUCCUCGCGCCCAAGGAGUUGCGAGAGGAAGGGCAGGAGGAGAGGAUGGACGACAAGAUGCUGGAGUACUUCCAGCACCAGACGGUGGACGGGAAACGGGUGGUGUACAAGGAGCAGGUGGUGAAAGACGGGGAAGAGACGGUGGCGGUGAUCCGCGAGACGAGCCCCGAGUUCAGUCUGUUGAUCGUGGGGCGAAGGGAGGGGAAGGAAUCCCUGUUGACGUCAGGGAUGUCGAUAUGGAGGGAGUACCCGGAGCUAGGGGUUAUCGGGGACCUGCUGGCGUCGACCAACUUCGGCGGCCGGGUGUCUACGCUUGUGGUGCAGCAACAGGUGAGGGUGACGGGAGCAGCGGCGCAAGCCGCGGACGGCCCCAAGGUCGCUCCAACUGUUGUGCAGGUAGUUGAUUCUUCUUCUGUGAGUCACGUGAAUGAUUGAUCCGUGAGGUGGUACGAGGUUGAGCAAGGAGACCAUGCUGAUGAAGGUUUUCCUUCUCACCUUGUUCUGUAUUUUGUUCUGAAGCCUUUCAUUGUUCAGCUGCAGCUACUCCGUUUCCUUGCAGCAUUUCGAUGUGUAGAUCAAGAAAUGAAUCAUGUCUCUGUUUGAGACACGAUGUCCUAGCGAUUAGU